AUGCUCUCUGCUGGAAACAGCGUAUCGGCCACAAGCCGAGGAUCAUCGACCUCGUUUCUUGAUGAAGAUACAAACUACAAAGUCGUCCUGCCACGUCUACCAACCGGUAACGAUGUCUUGAAUUCCGUUUUCCUUCAUGCAGACUUGGGUGGUAGACCGUACCGAGCUCCAGACUUCCGUGACGCUCUGCUUGAAGUGGUGACUACUGCGGACGUUAUAGGUGUGGGACAGUACCAAAUGAGCCAUGUGUGGAUGGUUACCUGCGCAAGUAGAGUGGCGAUGCAGAAACUUGUCACCCGUGCUGAGCUUCGUGUAAAAGGGCGGAAGUGCAUGGUGAUAGAUCCGGAGACCAAGGAUAUUAAACUGAAACUCCUUUGGCUACCACCUCACCUAGAACCUCGACGAGUUGAAGAGGCAUUUCAAGCAUAUGGUGUGGUCAAAUCUAUAGAGAGAGAGACACGGAGAUGUGCUGGUAUGGAGCAAUGGAUGACAACGAACCGGGAUGUUGCCUUAGAGCUCAAGGAUGGCAUCACUGUAAGCUCAAUACCACAUAUUAUGUCCAUCUACGGUCAUCAAUGCCUAGUCCUUAUUCCUGGUAGGCCUCCGCUGUGUCUUCGUUGCAAGCGAGUGGGACACGUUCGUCGACAGUGCAAAACACCGCGGUGCUUACAGUGCCACCGCUUCGGCCAUUUGUCGGAUGCUUGCGUGUCGACUUACGCAAGCUUCGUUCUGGCCAAUCUAGCACAGAAGAGCCUCAUCUGGACCAUCUUAUGGAUGCUACAGAGGUGGUCGACGCAUCCGGAGAAGCAGUAG